AGGUCGUUCUGCUAAUAACUGGCAGAGCCAGGAUUUGCACCCAGGGUGUCCAGCUCCUCACUGCAGAGUGCCCUGACCCCUGCCCGUGCCUGGCAAGACCCCCUGUGAAAGCCCCGUCCAGAUGGAGAGGUUGGAGCAGUGACAGGCCAGCAGCACUCCUGGCGCCUCUGUUUACCGUCGGAGACACCUUGAGUGCACUCUCGGGUCUGCCCUGCCUCAGCUUUGCCCUCCUGUAGACCAGGGAUGGCAGUCGGGGCUUCGGUGAGAACGUCGCAAGUUAACGGUGGUCACGUGCUUAACGUGGCGCCCGGCACCCUGGAAAUGCUCCGUAAAUGGUCACUUAAGAGAACCACGUUGUGCCUUUACUCGUUUGGCAGUUGGUUUACCGAGCACCUCAGCCAGUGACCCCGUUUCACACAGAACAAGGCUCCACACCCCAAAAAAGACUUGCCCGAGACCUCCCUGCACGUGGCGAGGCAGUCAACAUACACAGGCGUCCACCUGUCCCAAUGAAGGUGCCCGUUAGCUCCUUAGAAGAUGACGAGAGGGGGUGCGGCUGAACGUCGCCCAAGGUCAGGUCAGCAGUGCCCGGCGGAGAAGGUACAGCGGACGACAGGCAGGAGGCAGCCACUGUGGGUGUGUGCAGCCGGCCAGUCACCUGUGGGCUGGGGCACCUGCCGAUUCUGGGCUUUCUUGUUUGUCCUCCAGAUCGAGGACGAGACUCAAGUGUCGAGGGCCACUCAGGGCGAGCAGGACAAUUACGAGAUGCACGUGCGAGCUGCCAACAUCGUCCGAGCCGGCGAGUCCCUGAUGAAACUGGUGUCCGACCUCAAGCAGUUUCUCAUCCUCAAUGACUUCCCAUCGGUGAACGAGGCCAUCGACCAGCGCAACCAGCAGCUGCGAGCCCUGCAGGAAGAGUGUGACCGGAAGCUCAUCGCCCUGCGGGAUGAGAUCUCCAUCGACCUGUACGAGCUGGAGGAGGAGUAUUACUCGUCCAGCUCAAGUCUUUGCGAAGCUAAUGACCUGCCUCUGUGCGAAGCUUACUGGAGGCUGGACCUCGACACAGACUCUGCUGAUGGCCUCUCGGCCCCUGUGCUGGCGUCUCCGGAGCCCAGCGCUGGCCCCCUGCAGGCUGCAGCCCCUGCCCACUCCCAUUCCACUGGCCCCGGCCCCACAGAGCACGCCUGAGCCUCCCAGGGUUCCCCUCCCCGCAACCCUAGGUUCUUAAGUCUGGUGUGGCCUCCUUGGGACCUUUAGCCCGGGGACAGCACCCCCCAGAGUGUUGGGGAAGAUACUGCCCUCAACCGUUUCCAAGGUAGCCUGUCCCUCGGAGAUGCCACCUCUGUUCACUGCCCACCUGGCCUGCUGGGCAGACGUUUCCUAGACAGUGUGUCCAGGCCAAUAGUGGGGCCGGAGGACGUCCUGCUAUGUACAAGCCACAGGGUGGCACUCGGUGGACAGUACUGGCCAAGUCCACGCUCCACCCUCCGGUCUCCUGUGCAGAGAUGCACCUGCUGCUUUGUCCUGAGGGCCCCUGGUAGCGGACCGUCCCCGCAGGGUUGUGGUGGGGAGAGGGAUGCUGAGAGCAAGGGACCUUCCUCACUCUGCCACACACAUUCCGGUGGGUUUUGUAACAAGACAGCUGAAUAAAAACAGCACUGCCAUCUCGCAUUGGUUGGCUCCUUCUUGAUGGUCCGGGACCAGUCUGGGAUCACCCCCGGUUUCCCGCUGGCUGUGGGGAGAACAGCUGCUGGGCUCUGCCUGGACAGCCUGGGGCUCCAGGUAAGCCUUCCACCCACAGGGGCUUUGGGCAAACGGGGACUUGGUCAGUUUGGGGCUAACGGCUGCAUUCCCGUCGCCUAGAACUGCCUGGGAGCUGGAAAGUCCGUAACGCUUGGCGACUAGAGAAAUACUGGCAUCGUUGCACGUCACGAGGUCCAGCUGCCUGUACUUCGGUCCCAUCUCGUCCUCGCUGGACCUGGCGUUGGUGUGGCAGUUACCUGCACUACAGGGAGGAACGGCCACGGGCUUCGAAGGGUUUGAAGCGUUGUGUCCGCAGCCACCGAGCCGGGGAGGGAAGCAGCAGAAAUUGGGGCUCAACCCAGACGGGAUGCUAGGCCCAGUGCCGGGUGCCAGGCCCCCCCAAGAAAGGGGGUUUCGAGCCCACUCCCUGUCGCCAGCGUGCCUCCUCGCGAGGGAGACGGCAGUUGGUCUACGGAGGAGGUGGCAGCACACAGUGCAGUCUCAGGGACAGGGAAGGACACAAGCCCAAUGGUGUUGGGGCGCAGAGACCCCCACGGCCAAGCAGGGGUGCCACACAGGUGGGAGCUGGGGCCCAGUCCUGGCUCUGGCCCUGGUUUUCUGGGGGUGGCCUGGGGAAGGCUCCGCAUCGAGGAGACCGGUGAUGAUCUCUUCCUGAAAUACCCUCGUUGCAGAAAUAACUUGUAUCUGACACUGACGAAGAAAAAAGGACUGCAACCAAUGGAGCACGUGUGGGGAAAAGGCCGACGGAGUGGACCAAACUUGACGGGGGUUUCGACUGUCUUCAGUGUCAUGACACCGGAGCAACAGGCUCUCUGCACCAUCAGUGUCUUGUUCUCCUGGGCUGAGGCCACCGUCCCCAUUGGAAAUGGAAAGCGAAGUGGUUCCCCCCCCCCCCCCCCCCCGCCCCAGAGCAAGGCAGCUCCCCACCACCUCCUCCUCUCUAGCCCACGCCCCCGGCAGCAGACCUCACUGGAGAAACGGGCUCUUUGUUUCCAGGUCUCUGUCAAGUCUGCUUCAGGCCGGCUUCGUCUCCACGACCCCGGCCGAGCUACGGGUGUUAAGGUCCCCUGUGGCCUCCGUGUCACUCAAGCCUGGUCAGUCCUCAGUCCUUCCUGCCUCUGUGUCCCAGGCAUUUUAUUCCAAGAACAUUCACACCCCUGGCAAAGUUAUAAAGGUCGCAUAAAGAACAGCCA